AUGAGCGUUAUACUUUGCACUGCGGGCUACGACCACACCAUUCGGUUUUGGGAGGCCUUGUCGGGAAUUUGCUCGCGCACUAUACAGCAUCCCGAUUCCCAAGUUAAUCGAUUAUGCAUCACCCCCGACAAACGGUACUUGGCAGCCGCCGGUCACAACAAUGUCAAGCUGUAUGACAUCAAAUCUACCAAUCCCAAUCCAGUCAUGACCUUCGACGGCCAUACAAACAACAUCACUGGCGUCGCGUUUCACUGCGAGGGGAAGUGGAUGGUUACCAGCUCGGAGGAUGGUACGGUUAAAGUCUGGGAUACCCGUACAGGCAGCCUGCAGCGCAAUUACGCGCAUAAAGCUCCAGUCAACGAUGUUGUAAUCCACCCCAACCAAGGCGAACUUAUUAGUGGGGAUCGCGCUGGUAUCGUCCGGGUUUGGGACCUGGGUGAAAGCGUCUGCACCCACCAGCUAAUUCCCGAGGACGACGUUGCGGUUCACAGUGUUAGUGUCGCAAGCGAUGGGUCUUUGCUUUGCGCUGGAAACAAGAAGGGUAAUGUCUACAUCUGGCGCAUGAUUCAAGACGCCGAAAUAACGCGCAUCGUUCCGAUAUGUACCUUCCAGGCGCACAAGGACUACCUCACCCGCGUUCUUCUCUCCCCAGAUGUCAAGCAUCUCGCGACGUGCUCUGCCGACCACACGGCCAAACAGACCUUCCCUGUACAACCGGACGGACCCCCCAUGGACUCCGCAACAGGGACACUCUUCCUAGAGACCACGCUUGCCAAUCACCAACGGUGGGUCUGGGAUUGCGCUUUCUCCGCCGACUCUGCGUAUCUCGUCACAGUAUCCAGCGACCACUACGCCCGCUUAUGGGAGCUGGCUUCGGGCCAGAUCAUCCGUCAAUACAGUGGCCAUCACCGCGGGGCGGUAUGCGUAGCGCUGAACGAUUAUUCCGAGCCGCGUUGA